UAGAAAAGUAGAAAUCAUUUUUUCGAGUUGAUUUUGUUUUUCUGUUUGAAAGACUGAAAAGCCACCCAGUGAAAUAACAAGAAGAACAAGAACCAAAAAAAACAUAUUCAUUUUAUCGUGCGUUUGAAAUCAUUUUCCAUUCCAAUAUGGAUUGUGUUCAUAAUGGAUAAUGUCCUCAAUAAUGAGCAUACAGACAACCGAAGACGGCACUGAUACUAGUUUACCAUCGUUUUCGACAUUUACUAGCGAACUGGAUCCGACGUGGGACUAUUACGAUCGAGAUCGAUCCGGUUCCGAUGUAAUUACAUCACAGAGCAAUAAUUAUACACGACCGUGGGAAAUGGAAACGAAGGAGAAGGGUUUCGAGCCAUUCUCGAAACUACCAUCGUUUCAAUCACAAUUUCACAGCUAUGCUGAAUCAAAUAUGAUGCCCGAACCAAGCCUGCCACAGGUAACACCCGUGCCAGUGCCAAUGUCGCCCAAUUCGGUGGCCAAUGCAUCGCCCGGCGGAAAUGCAUCGUUGACACAAUUGACACCAAUCAAUCCGCUACAAACCGGUUUGACACCGUUGUCAAGCCCAAGCUUUCAUACAUUAACGGCCGUUAAUUCGCGCCCAUAUGUGUAUCCACUAGUUCCAGCUCCGAUCCAAGCGCGUGAUAUUCCAGGCAUUCAGCAACAAUACUUGGAUGAACGUCACAUUCAAUUGUAUCAACCGAUUACAACGUACGCACCACCACCGCCACCACCACAAAAUGUGGUCACCGUGCUGAAAAACGAACCACCGAGCUAUGAAUUGAAAAAUGGACUGCAUCACACGUCAUUCCAGAAUCCAAUGAUUGAAAAUGGAUUCGAUCACAACAAUGGCAAAAUGGAAAAAUCCGAUUCACCAAUGCGACACAACAGCAAUGAUGCACGUAAAAAGGAUCGUAGAAAAAUCCGUGCCAGUUCGUUGGAAUCGAGCGCUGAAAGCGAAAGCAGUGCAAUGGAGACCGGCGACGGUAAUUCGGGUCAAGUGGCUGCAAUCUCAAGCACGGCCAGCUUCAAGAGUCCAGCCGUUGGAAUGGGCGAAGAAGAAACAAAUGGAGAAAAACAGACAAAAAAGAAGCGUAAGCGCUGCGGUGAAUGCAUCGGUUGUCAAAAGAAAGACAACUGCGGCGAUUGUGCACCGUGCCGUAACGACAAAAGUCAUCAGAUUUGCAAGCAACGUCGUUGCGAAAAAUUGACCGACAAAAAGGAAAUUGCCCGGCUGAAACGAGAAAAACUCAAUAAACAGAUUUACGGCGCUGACGGAUCAUUGUUACGCGCUGAAUCAAGACGUGGUCGUGGAAAAGGACGAGGCGGUGGAGCUAGUGGUCGCGGAAGAAAGGUAAAUUCUGGAGCCGCCGUAUCGCCUCGAGCUCAACCAAGUACUACUUCAUCGAUCAGUCCUGCACCAGCAGCCGUGCCACAUCCAUCACCAAACACUGCUCAAGCACCAACCGCAACUACUAUAGUGUCCAGCAACGGAACACCGACCUCAAGUGCUCCGCCACAAGUAACUUCACCACAGUAUCCUCAACAGCAUCAGGCAGUGAUACCACCACAAGUUCCGCCAACCACUACGACAGGUUUAGAGCAACACUCACAUCCUUCGCAUCCACAACAAUCGGCUCAACAGCAUCACAUUCAACAAGCUCAGCAGCCACAGCAACAAGCAGCUCAACCUAGUCAAAUGAAGGAAGCGCAACAACAACCCAUGACACCAAUGGCAUUCUAUCCAACAUGGCAAGCAGAUCCAUCUCAAGGAUGGCAGAAUCAAUUUAUCCAACAGAUUCCACAAAAUACGCCCGGAAUAUCGGCACUGAACUCAAUCGAUUUCCAACCACAAGGCUAUGCUGCUUACCAGCCAACUGGAUAUGUACAGAGUGGCCUCAGUUUUGAUCCAAACUAUGGCCGUUCGUAUGCAGCACCAGUUCAGCGAUACGAUUUUCAAAGCAAUCAAAUUCCACCAAUAAAUCAAGUGUCAUUGCAAAGUGUCAGCUUUGCGCCAACUGCUUCAUAUGCAGGCCAAGUAACCACAGGCCCAUCACCAAUGCUUUUAGGAGGACAGAAUGACUUGAAUAAGUCACGCAUGUCUUCCUCGCUAUCGGGAAACGAAAUGCCUGGGUAUCCGCGAGUGAGCAGCGUUGUUCCGCCACAGCACUCACUCAAUUGUAACGGGUACUCAGGCGAAUUCGGCGGACAACAACAGAAUGCAGGUCAACAAUCACAACAAAAUCAGAAUACUCCACAACAGCAGCAGCAGCAACAACAACAACAGCAACAGCAACAGCAACAGCAACAACAACAGCAGCAACAGCAGCCACAAUCGCUUCAGCAUGGCAUGCAUUGGAAGACGGAUACGAAUGGGAUACAUUGGAAAGCGCAAACGAAUGGUACGCGACAGCCUAUGACGGAUGGCAUAAGUCCUUGGAAAACGCAUACAAACGGAGUGCCAUCAUCGCAGCAACAACAACAAAUGUCCGGCUUGGAUGCUAACAACAAGACCGGUCAUUUUUUAUCGUAUAGCCACCAUCUCCGAGACUUAAACACAGACGGUAACUUGGCAAUCAAUAGCCCAAGUGCCGAUAUGUGUUUAUCGUCGGUUCAACCAAAUUUAAAUGUUGAACCAAACGGAGGUGGUGGCGUUCCACCGCAUUGGAAGUCAACCGCAGCGGCCGAAGCAAAUAAACCGCCCGAUGACUUUCAACCGCCGCAACAGCAACAGGCUCCAGAUAUCAUCAAUAGCAAAAAUAAAUCAUCACCAAAAUUAUUAGAUUCCGAUAAACCCGUGAAAAAACCAGCGCCAAAACGGCAACGAAAGAAACCAAAUGCGUCAGCACAAUCACAGCCGCCAGCAAAGCAAUCAACACCCGAUGAGAAAAAAUCUUCCAGUUUUAUGCCAAACUUUAACAAAGGCAAUGAUUUAUACCCGAGUGCAUAUGGAACGAAUGCAAAAUAUGAGAAUAGUUCACCAUCGCCAUACAUGCCAAGCGUACACACGCCAGAUCCAUUGAAUCCAUAUCAAACACCCGAAGGAUUUGAUCCGGUCACCGCUGCGGCAAAGCCACCGAAUAGCAACAGUUUUUUGUACGGUGGUGGCUUGGGUUCGAAACCAUUGAAACAAGAACCAUUGUCAACGAUACCACCGCCACGGCAACCGUAUCCAAUGCCCGGAUCAGGCGGCGUCUAUCCAUCGGCCCAAGUCAAAAUGGAGGGCUACGAACGUAAUUAUCAAAAUUUCAUCAAUUAUGCGGACUAUUGUCAAAGUCAGAAUAAUUCGGGAGCGGGUGGCACAGCAACGGCCACCGUGACACAUCAAUCGGAAUAUGGCCAAAACUAUGGCAACUAUCCACCAUAUUCAAGCUCUGCAUAUCAUCAUCAUUCACAUCAUCAAGCCUAUCCAAAUAGUCCAUACAAUUCAACAGGGGUGCCAAAUUUUAGUUCAAUACCAUCUGCGGAAACAAAUUGCAAUAACAACCAGCAAUCGAUGUCAUCGAAUGAAAGUCAAGACAUCAAACCAUAUGCUAUGCGUGAUACGGACAAGGAAACGGAUACAAAAAAUCCCGAUCUCACCAAAUUGACCAACUAUGAGAAGGACAUACCAAUCCAUACGUAUCCAAAUCAUGGCCGUUUCACGGAUAGCACAAGCAGCGGUCAUCAUACCGCAGAUGGUAUUAAAAAUCAUAAAAUUGAUGACGUAAGUAAGAGUUCGAAUGAACCUAGAUUUUCUGCAUUUUAUGAUGAAAAUGGCACGACAAGCCUCAGUCAGCUUGAGCAACAGCCAUCGGUGCAACAGCAACACCACCAUCAACAUCAACCACAACAACAACAACAACAAUCACAACAAUCACAACAAGCAUUUAACGGCAUUUCAUAUUAUCCACAAAAACAGGGUUCAACACUCAAUAAAGAUCAUUUGAGUACUGACAAACUAUCAACCAAUGAUGAUAUGGAUUUGGAAAAAUCGCACACAAGCACCGAUAUGGCCCAAUUGCCGAUCGAUCGAACGGAAAAGGGAAUGAAACCGGAAGUGCCUGAUUGCGAUUGCUUCGGACCCGAUGAAAAAACACCGCCCGAACCGGGUAGCUAUUAUACGCAUUUGGGUGCUGCUUCAUCGUUGGCCGAACUUCGUGCCAAUAUGGAGAAUCGCAUCGGCAUUCGUGGUCGACAGCUUCGCAUUGAAAAGGUCAUUUAUUCCGGUAAAGAGGGGAAAACAUCACAGGGUUGCCCAUUGGCCAAAUGGAUUAUUCGCCGUGUUGACAGCGAAGAGAAGAUCUUGUGCAUCGUAAAACGUCGACAAGGCCAUAAAUGUAAUGCAACAUUUAUUGUUGUUUGUAUUGUCGCUUGGGAAGGUGUGCCAAAGCAUGAAGCCGACAAUUCAUAUCGAUUGCUCAUUCACAAGUUGAAUAAAUUUGGAUUGCCCACGACUCGCCGUUGUGCGACCAAUGAAAAUCGAACAUGCGCAUGUCAAGGUUUAGAUCCCGAAACAAGUGGUGCAUCAUUUUCGUUUGGCUGUUCAUGGUCAAUGUACUACAAUGGCUGCAAAUAUGCGCGAUCAAAAACCGUGCGCAAAUUCCGUUUGUCGGUGAAAAGUGAGGAGUCGGAAAUUGAAGAGCACAUGAAUGUACUGGCCACCAUGUUGAGUCCACUGUACAAAACACUCGCACCAAAAGCAUAUGAAAAUCAAUGUAAAUAUGAAAACGAAGCACCUGACUGUCGGCUGGGAUUGAAAGCAGGCAAACCAUUUUCAGGUGUUACCACAUGUAUGGACUUUUGUGCUCACGCACAUCGCGAUUUGCAUAAUAUGCAAGAUGGCUGUACCGUUCAGGUGGGCUUAUUAAAACCAAAACCACCCGGAAUGCCACCCGAUGAUGAGCAAUUGCAUAUCCUACCGUUAUACGUAAUGGACACAACCGAUGAAUUCGACAGUGCUGAUGUGCAGAAAGAUAAGCACAAAACUGGCUGCGUUCAAGUGCUCGAGAAAUUUCCAUGUGAAGUUCGCGUUCGUGCGACUCCACUGUUGCCUUGUCGUCGGCAUGGUAAAAAGCGUAAUGGCAAAGAUAUGCCGGACGAUGAACCAGGCACACCCACCGAAGAGACUGCUCCGCCAACUCCUGCAGUGACUCCAGCCCCACCCACACCGGGCGCUGUUAAAAAGGAGAAUGGCAAGAAAAGCAACAAGAGUCAGUCGAAGCAGCAACAGUCAAGCCCAAGUCAUCCGCUGUCACGAGCUGGAACGCCAAGCACAGCCAGUACCAUUAACAAUCUUAAUAUUGGCAGCAACAGUAGCAAUACUAGUGGCAGCCCAUCAAAUCAUAGCGCAUUUUCGGCACCAAACCAAAAUAGCAUGAUGAAUUCAAAUUCGAAUCUUAUCAAUAUGGCAUCGAUGAUUGACAACUUUACCGAUGCGCAACUGCAGUCCAACCAGAUAUCAAGCACCGUAUUAGACUCUCCAUAUUCUUAUGAUUAUGCAACUGGUUCAUACAUUGACAAACGAAAUUAUUAUAAUCAACAGUGGAUUCCACCGCAUGCCAUGGAAUACGGCUAUCCAUCGCCAGCUGACCGAAAUGAACAAGUGAAAAGUCGCGGCAGCGAAGAAAAUCCCGACUCAACAACAAUCAUUAACGCCAAUAAUAGUGGCUCAGCGUUUAGUCCGAGCGUUGUAGAUGUUACAAAAAUGCAAAGACAACAACCACAAGACUAUCCAGCCUAUGGUUAUCAUCAUUCGACUCAGCCGGCAUAUCCAAUAUAUCCAACAUAUUCGACGCCAACAUACAAUCAAACGCAUCAUUACAACAAUUUGGAUUACUAUAACAAUGAUAAAUUGCGUUACAAUUUCUAUACGCCACAUCAUCCGCAUCAUCAGCCAUAUAAUCCGUAUGACAUUUACCAUCAUGCACCGGUUGGUCAAUUACCUCAAACGCAAACACCGCCGCCAAAUUGGAAUCUAUUCUCACCGGCUGCUCCAUCAGCUGUCCCAGUUGCCGCACCGACCGUAACAACGCCACCCUUAUCCAAUUCCCAGUCAAACAAUUCUACCGAACCGACGCUCACCAAUUUAUCCGGUUUGUCGGAGCAUAUGUCACCGACGGCCGUGCCCACACCACAGCCCGUUGAAAAGAUUGAAGAACCAAUCGUGCAAAAGCCCGAACCCAUCGGUGAAAUUACCGAGAUUAACGAAAAUCUCGAUUGCUUUCAAGAUACUACAUUGGGUGGUAUUGGUAUCGCACUUGAGCAUGGUUCUGUGUUAAUUGAAUGUGCCAAGCAUGAAAUGCACGCAACGUCAUCGUUGAAAAAACCAAAUCGUAAAAAUCCAACGCGAAUCACAUUAAUUUUCUAUCAGCAUCGGAAUUUGAAUCGUCAUCGGCACGGUAUCGAAGAAUGGGAGGAAAAGAUGCGUUUGAAGCGUCUCGGUAUCACAUUACCACCGGUUGAAGAGCCAAAAAUUGAAGCGCCCGCCGCAAAAUCGAACAGCAAAAGUGGCAAAUCAAAGGCAAAACCAAGAAAAUCCCGAUCCAAAGCCGCUGAAGCGAAAAAAGACAAACAAGACGUUAAAACGCCAGACAUCGCCGUAGCAAUAAAAGAAGAAAGUAAUAAAUUUUCAUAGGUGAACGAAAGAUUGAGGAAUUGGAAAUGGAUCGGUUGCAAAUGUAAACAUUUUGGCGAUGAUGACGAUGAGCCACUUUAGUUUGGUGCUGAUCGUUUUGAAUUGUAAAGUGCUUGAUACGCACAAAUACAUUGAUUUUCCAUUUUCCAUCAUCACGCAAUCGAAUCAACAAUAAAUUACGGCAAUGUGAUAAUCGAUCAAUCCACACACAUACACACACACACACACAUCUAAUAUAAAAUGAAACAAGCCUGUGACAUUCAUGCGAAAGUUGAGACAAGCGCGCGCUGACACAAAUUCCGUUAAUUUCAUUUCAAUCGAUUAAUUUUCUUUCCAUCACACUCACUCACUCACUUACUCACUCACAUACACACAGUAAACAAGUAUUACAAGCUUUUUUUUAAAGACAUUGUGUAAAAUCUGAAUCAAUAUCUCAUUCGAUUGUUAAAAUAAUACACCGAAUAUCGCAUUUCGCUGUGUAUAUAUAAAUAUAAUUUAUAAAUUAUUUUAUGCGCAUUUAUUAAUUAUUAUUAUUGAAUUCAACAUUAAAUCUAAUUAAAUUUAGCGAGAUUGUAUGGUAUUUCCAACGUAACAAUGAAUAUUUGAAAUAGAAACAACAACUGAAAACCAAUCACCCCCAAAAGACAAAUUCUCAAAAUAAAUAGAAAAGAAAACACAAAGAUACAAGAAAAAAAAAACGCGUCAUACUCAAAAUCCAUUUGAUAUUAGCUCUUGCCGAUGGGAAGAGCAUCAGUGAGAGAAUCACAUAAUACACACAAAACGGCACCAUCUAUGAGCCAUCACCAAAAGACAUAUUACAUUUAGAGCCAAUACAACACAAUAUUUAUCAAAGCCGAAAGUACAAAUUUCAUGUUAACAAACAAACAAAUAAACAACAAAAAUACUUACAAGACUACCACCCGCGAAAAAAAAACACACAAAAAUAAAAGGAAAAUAACAAACCAACUGAAGAGAUUAAAGCAGAGGAAAUACUAACCAUAUUGAUUUUCGAUGAAAAUUUCUUAUGAAAAUAUCACAUUUUUAUUUCCCUCUGCUCUUUUUAAAGACAAUUUUGCAUCAAAACUUUUCUUUUAAAAAUUUAUAAUUUUCGAAUAAUGUUUUUUGUAACCAUUAAAAUUGAGGGUGAUUAGUUUUAUAAUUUCUUGUCACACAAUAACAAUACCAACACCGGAAUUGAAUUAAAUUCCGGAAUCAAAUGAAUUGAACCAAACACUCAUCUUGCCAUUUUCUAGGAGAAGAACAAAAGAAAAAGAAGAAAAAGAAAGCAAAUCGUUUAAGAAAACUCUUUUUUUUUUCUUUCAUUUUAAAGUUAAAUAAUUUUAAGUGCCGAGAUCGCGGCGACACCGACACAAUGACUACAACCAGAUAGGGAAGCAGAUAUCUAUUGAACAAAUGAACCAGAGUUAGGAGAAAAUGAACGAAGAAAAACCAUGCAUUAUUAAUCGUAAAAUUAAUCACGUCAAAAUUGACAAAACCACAAAA